CAUACCUGGCUACUGAUGGCUCUAAAUACAUUCCAUCGAGUGCGGCUAUCACACAGCACCUGCCAGGGCUGGUGUCCCCAGAGAGGCUCAGAAAAUGGCCACCAUUGGCCAGGUGAUCUUCAGGAGUAUGAUAGCUAUCAUCAUUAUCCUGGUCGCUGCUAUCGCCUUGAUCAUUGGCAUUGGGGUGUCAGGUCAGGAUUCUUCCUCGGUGGUAACGAAUGACGCUGUAGGAAAAAUUGGAGAAGACGUGAUUUUGGGUUGCUCUUUUCCGGCUGCGAAAGACAGUCCGAACAUCCUGUGGGAGAAGGUGGGAGUGAACAGUUAUGUGUACAAAUACGAGAAUGCCGCCGCUGUGCUUUCUGGUCAGAAUGCCGGUUUUAAAGGACGUACAUCACUCUUCCUCAACCAACUGACAUCCGGAAAUGCUUCUCUGUUUCUCAGCAAUCUCGAACUUUCAGAUGCUGGUGAAUACAAGUGCACAGUGACCAAUUCCAAUGGCAAUGGAGUGGGCAAGCUCACUCUGCAGGUUGGAGGUUUCAGCGAUCUGACAAUAACUGGCGUCCCUCCAAACACUCUGCUUUGUGAGUCUCCCAGUUGGUACCCACAACCUUCAGUUACAUGGAGCAAUAAGACUGGAAAUACCAUCAGCCUGGUCAAUCUUACCAACACCACCUUCACACCUUCAUUAUACAACAUGUUCCAGGUGAACUCCAGCCUUAAGGAAGUCCAGCGGAAUAUUCAGUACACGUGUGUAAUACAGAAUCAGCUGGCCAAAGCUGAGGGAGAUGUUAUAUGGACAGCUUCUGGUGUCAAAACACAGACUCGCCUGGACAUUAUCAACUCGGCAGAUAUUCCAUUACCUCCUUUAUGUCUACUUUGUGUCCUCUGCUUUCAGCUUAUAUCUCAGCUUGUCUGAUGGACAUAAUGUGGUCAGAGCAGUGCAAGUUCACAGUAUGGACCCACAGACCUUUCCACAUGGAUGGAAAAACAGACAUUUGCUGAGACAAACAUUAAGGUCCGUUUGGAUGAAUUUCCGUCUACAGCUUUUAUUCUGGUUCUUUUCUCGGGUCUUCGUAUUGCACAUCGACUGUCACAAUUUGUUACCGGCUCAUUGGGGGGCGCUACUGAGACUCUCCUGUCUGACGCUUCGUGGGAGUUUAUCUGUGAAUUUAGAUGAUUUGACAGAUCCAGCAGAGAUAUCUACUUUCAACUCUACAAAAACCAUAAUAUGACCUACAUGUCAAGGGCAAUCCUAUCUACAGCUUUAAACUUAAUGUGAUAUAAUAAUGUUACCCACCCAGGGGCAAUCCUAUCUACAGCUUUACCCUUACCAUGAUAUAACCCUCCCGGGGCAAUCCUAUCUACAGCUUUACCCUUACCAUGAUAUAACCCUC